AUGUCGGGCGAAGUGAACUCCAAGGCAUUUCCUCUUGCUGAUGCAGCUCUUACGAACCAGAUUUUGGAUUUGGUUCAGCAGGCUUCGCACUACAAGCAGCUGAAAAAGGGCGCAAAUGAAGCGACCAAAACGCUAAACCGCGGUAUUUGCGAAUUCAUUAUUAUGGCUGCAGACAUUGAACCCAUUGAGAUUGUUUUGCAUCUCCCUCUUCUCUGUGAAGACAAGAAUGUGCCAUACGUCUUUGUGCCAUCUAAGAUCGCGUUGGGUCGUGCAUGUGGUGUAUCUCGUGCGGUUGUUGCUGCCAGUGUCACGACGAACGAGGCUCGUGAACUCCAAAGUCAGAUCCAAACCAUCAAGCUGGCUAUUGAACGUUUACUGAUCUAA